CAGCGCUUAAGCUUACUUGGCGCAGCCGAGGGGAUGUGGUAUGAGUCGUCGGCGUCCGCAAAGACACGUUGAGCACGAUGACGCAAUUCAUAACAAUAAGCGUGGCAACCACCAUGACGAAAAUAAGAUACCUGAGAUACAUACCCAGGAGGCAUGAUGUCACAGCAUCCCACAAAACAGGACAAGCCGCUAGCUGUCCUCUACCUCACAAACACCUCCGCGCGGGAGUGGUGGAGUUACUUCCCCUGGCUACCCCUCCACAACACCAGUAUCGUCCGCCCUCCCCCUUCCCCCGCAUCUACCAUCUGUUGCGGCCAUGAAGGGGACUCCCAGCAACUUGGACACACUGCUGUGGGUCUACCACUUCCACAGCUCCACCGAGGUGGCCCUACAGCCUCCGCUUCUGUCUUCCCUGGAACUUGCUGUGGCCGCAGCUCACGAAUAUCUGGUCCAAAGGUUCAGAGAACUUAAGUCCCAGGAGCCCCUGGAAUCCAAUAAGCCGCCUGCCCAGAAGGCCACCUUGGGGCUGGUGCUAAGAGAAGCUGCAACCAGCAUCAUGAGCUUUGGAGCCACCUUGUUAGAGAUCUCAGUCCUGUGGCUACAGCAGGAAGUGCUGGACAGCAGCGACGGCUGCCUGGUCGCAGCCCCAAACACUGGGGAUCCGGGUAGGGCACUGGCCCGUGUAGCCCUGGCUGCAGGGCAGGGGAUUCGGCAAGCUGGAGCAGCAGCUGGCGCAAGUGUCCGGUACCUGAUCCAGGGGGCGUGGCUGUGCCUGUGCGGACGGGGUUUGCACGGGUCCACCUCAUCCCUGCAACAAACCCUACGCCAACUGGGCCUUGGGGUCCCCGGGGAUCCGAGAUACCCGGGAGACCCCAAGGUGGCAUCCAACAGCAGUGAGGAGAACGGGGGACCAGAUAAUCCAUCACUGUCCCAGCCCCACCCUGUGUCCAAAUAAAAACCCAGAACGGGACAACUGCAAGUCCCCUACGCCAACCUUCUUUGGCUCCGCCCUCCAUGCUGGUACCCCAUCUCUGUUAGAUCCACUUUGAGGUUACCUGCCCAGCAGUGGCACGCUCAGAGAUGUCUCUGGAAUUUUCUGGGCAAUU